UGGAAGGAUUGAUUGCUUGCAUUAAAAAAAAAGAAAAAGAAAAAGAAAAACCUAACAGAAACCUUGCAAAUUCACAGCCAUCUACAAAGUCAUCAACUACACACAAAACAGACCAAACUUCUGAAUCCAAAACCGAGGAUUUUCUCGAUCAAAGAUUUAAUCUCCAAUGACGAGUUCGACCAAACCCUCAACUUCCAAUCCUUCCUGGUUUACGCCCAAAAGGUUGUUGAUGAUCUUCUGUAUGAUUAACAUGCUGAAUUACGUUGAUCGCGGAGCUAUAGCGAGUAAUGGUGUAAAUGGCAGCCUUGGUACUUGCUCCGAGACUGGAAUUUGCACUUCGGGUAGUGGACUUCAGGGGGAUUUUAACUUGAACAAUUUUCAAGAUGGUGUUUUGUCAUCUGCAUUUAUGGUUGGACUUCUGGUGGCUUCACCAAUAUUUGCAGCCUUGGCGAAGAGCCAUAAUCCAUUUAGGCUUAUUGGAGUUGGAUUAUCUGUUUGGACUUUCGCUACAGCUGGAUGUGGUUGUUCAUUUGAUUUUUUCUCAAUCACGUUUUGUCGAAUGCUCGUUGGUGUUGGUGAGGCAUCUUUUAUCAGUCUUGCUGCUCCGUAUAUUGAUGAUAAUGCUCCUGCUGCUCAGAAAACUGCAUGGCUUGCAAUGUUUUACAUGUGCAUACCUACUGGAGUUGCGCUGGGAUAUGUUUACGGUGGAAUUGUUGGAAGCAAUUUCAAUUGGCGUUAUGCAUUUUGGGGCGAGGCAUUCCUCAUGCUUCCUUUUGCUGUUUUGGGAUUUGUUGUGAAACCUUUGCAGUUGAAAGGUUUUGCAUGCACUGAUUCAAACAAAAUAUUGACAAGUACUGAAGAGACUAGUUCUCUAAUUGAAGAGCCAUCAAGUAUAGACGAUCGUGUCUUUAUCACUUCAGAUGAGGCUACCAAGUUAUCUGCUACGUCUAAAUUAGCAAACCAAAGCUCCGGAUAUUUGAAAGAUCUUAAAGUUCUUUUCCUUGAUAAAGUUUAUCUUGUCAAUAUUUUGGGUUACAUCUCGUACAACUUUGUUAUUGGCGCCUAUUCUUAUUGGGGGCCCAAGGCUGGCUAUAAUAUUUAUCAUAUGAGUAAUGCAGAUUUGUUAUUUGGAGGGGUUACAAUCAUCUGCGGAGUUUUGGGCACACUAGCAGGAGGCCUUAUCCUUGAUAACAUGAAUGCUACAAUAUCGAAUGCAUUUAAGCUACUUGCUGGUGCUACUUUUCUUGGUGCAAUAUUUUGCUUUAGUGCCUUCUUAUUUAGGAGCUUAUAUGUUUUCAUAGCUCUUUUUACGGUGGGUGAGCUACUUGUCUUUGCAACUCAGGCUCCUGUUAAUUAUGUAUCUCUCCAUUGCGUUAGACCAAGUCUAAGGCCACUUUCAAUGGCUAUUUCGACCGUUUCAAUUCAUAUCUUUGGUGACGUUCCUUCCUCACCUCUUGUUGGGAUCCUCCAGGAUCGUGUUAAUAACUGGAGGGUAACAUCUUUGACCCUGACGUCCGUUCUGUUUGUUGCUGCCGGAAUAUGGUUCAUAGGUAUCUUCCUAAAUAGUUUGGACAUGUCCAAUGAGGAUAACGAAAAUGAAGUCUGUGCAAUCAAUAGAGCCAACAUAAAGCCAUUGCUUGAACAAAGCAUAGAUGGCUCCCCAGGUGAAAGCAUAAAUGAGGCAGCGGAUGCCACGGCUGAAGCUUAGCUUUUCAUGAUACGCAUUUUUUUCUCUUAAUCUCAACAAUGACACUUGAGCCUCUUUAGGACGUCAUCUUUUACUUUGGAAGAAAAGUUUAAUCCCUUAAACCCCCCCCCCCCCCCACACACACACACAGAGAUAUAUAUAUAUAUAUAUUUCCACCUUAGAUGGAAUACUGCUGACUGCGCUGGGAGAGGAAAAGUUGGAGAACAUAUGCAAAAUGGUCUUCUGUAUUGUUAGAACUUUGAAGUACAGUUUCCAUAGUGACAUUUUGAGUAGUGUAUAUAGCCUUUGGCAUUCAUGUAGAUAUUGUAGAUACCCUUACCAUGUUAAUAGAAAUUUGCACAAUAUCGAAGCGUAUGGCGUGCGCACAGACGUGUGCGCGCGUACAUUAUUGAUGAAGC